AUGCCCCCUGGUUGCCAAAUUUGGAUCAUCGACCGUAACAUUCAGAGGAGAGACAAGCCAUGGGCCACGUUCAUGCAUUCCGAGGACGACACUGCCGACGAACAAGAGAAGCCAAAGCCAUUGGUAUUCCAGGGCCUUAACAAGCGAUACGUCGAGGUGCGAGGCAUGGAAGAGUGCGAUUGGGACGCCUUGAGACAAAACACAGUGUUCCAUUUCCUCCACUGGCUCCAGAUCAAGGCAGGUUUUAAUGCUGGCUGGAUGAUGAGGCAUCGCGGCCGGUUUGAGCGGAACAGACCGCCGCUUCAACACCGUGAUUUGGAUGAGAUGGUCAAGGUUCUGUGCGAGGAGGAGUUAUAG